CGGUUGCGUUGAUGGUACCCAUAUAGGCUUACUUCGUCCCACUGCAAAUGAAGAAAUGUUCUUCAAUAGAAAGGGCUUCCACAGUAUAAAUGCCAUGAUUAUUAACGAUCACAAAUACCGAAUAAUGACAGUUUGUGCUCAGUACGGUGGUGCUUCUCACGAUUCUUUUGUGUGGAAUAGUUCACUAGCUAAAAGUCGACUUGAGUUGAAAUUCAAUCAAUCAACCAGAAACAAUUCCAAGUUACUAGGUGAUAGUGGGUAUCCAUUGGAACCUUGGCUUCUAACACCAUAUCGCAGAUCCAAAAGACAGGAUGAAUUGAAUUUUAAUAGAAUUCACGCCCAAGCUCGCAGUGUAAAUGAGAGAUGUAUAGGCAUUCUUAAAAGUAUUAUUCAACGGAUUUUUUAG